GCGGAAAGAUAUUCGCCCGCUCUGUUGCCGACAGCGCGGCUGCGUCACCACAGACGAGGCUUGAAAAUGAAAACAUUCUCCAAACUCGAUCAAUGACUUUACUGCAUCCUGGACAACGCUCUUCAGCAGCUACUUUCCGCCAUUUUCCAGCUGAAGUGGGAAAGGUUUUUGCAAAGAAGACAAUAAAAAACCUUUGUAUUUUUUGGAAGAAUUAUCAGCCAUGGUGAAGUUGGGAAACAAUCUGACUGACAAGAGCAAUGGGAAGGCUGCAGCCCCUGAAGAUGGUUUUGACACCAUCCCUCUUAUCACACCACUGGAUGUCAACCAGCUGCAGUUCCCGGCGCCUGAUAAGGUUAUAGUUAAAACAAGGGCAGAGUACCAGCCAAGUCAAAAGAAAAGCAAGCUUCAGGCACCGAAGAUUGCCGAAUUUACCAUCAGCUUCACCGAUGGGGUUUCGGAACGGUUCAAGGUUACAGUUCUCAUUCUCUUUGCAUUGGCAUUUCUCACAUGCAUAGUGUUCCUGGUAGUUUACAAAGCUUACAAAUAUGAGCACAGCUGCCCAGAUGGAUUUGUCUUCAAGCAUAAUCGCUGCAUUCCAGUUGGUUUGGAGACCUAUUACUCGGAGCAAGAUUCUGCUACUCGGGGAAGAUUUUACACUGUCAUUAACCACUAUAACUUAGCAAAACAGACCAUUUCACGCUCGGUUUCACCCUGGCUGGCUACACUCUCUGAAGAGAAAGUGCUGGGGAAGGAAAGUGAAGAUGCUAGCAAAACCACUGAGUAAACGCCCGAUUUGACCCUCGGUUCCUUGCAAACCAAUACAGGAACCAACUUUAGCUGCUUAAUGUACAAGGCACUGACAUUAGUAAGUUAUGGAAGAGAACUUGUUAAUUUGAUCCAGCUUGGUUUUUCUUCCAUUCCUCUUCAUUCUGUUCAUGUUAUUUGUAAGUGUUAAUGAAAUUCUUUCCAAGGUGGCAUGCUUGUCUCAUUUGAUUAGAUCAGCUAGGAUUGCUGUACUUUUAAUAAUCUCAGGUUGUGGAUGUGAAAGUAAGUAAGAGAAAGACCUGCUCCAUAUUCUGAUUCUGUGGAUAGAUCUUUUGAAAAUCCAGUCACCCAUGCCCUUUUUUAAAAAGCAGAGUAUUCUCUAAAAUAAAACUUAUUUGGUGAUUAAUGAGUACUUUGGUAAUUAGGUAUGUUGGAACAACAAGAUUCUCGAACUUUUAAAAUCUGCAGAUACAGUGAAAUAUUACUGCACUUCAGUGUUAAACAACAGUUAAAAUUGAAAGUGGAAGCACCAAAAGAUUUUAUAGGGGAAUCUAUUGUCUGAUACAGUGAUGUUGAUGACUUUUCAUUUAGAGGAUAGAUUAUUGGUUACAGUUAGUUUAUGGAUAAACACAUUUAACAGUUGGGUCACAGUCACAAGCUAUGGUCUUGAAGUAAAACAGGUUAGUUCUACCACCUUAGUUUCAAGUUGGGCUAGAGUGAAAGUUGUAAAGAGUGCAUUAACUUCUGGCAAAGUAGAGCUCUCAUUUAAUCAACUAGGAUUUGUAAAGGCUGCAACUGUGAAGGAUUUCUGCAUUUGCUGUUCUGCUCCAACAGUUAUGAAAAUAAAAAAAUCAAUUUGCCUCAUUUGUUAGGCAAAGAAUAUACCAUCUAUCCCAUAUUUUGAAGAAAAUAACGAUUUUAUAUAUUAAAAAAUGGUUUAGACCUUGCCAUUCUUGGAGUCCUUCUAAGCAGCUAUUUCUAAAAAUAAUGAGAAUACAUAGAAUGUGUAGGAUUUUAAUAGUACUUAAAUAUUCUUUCUUCCCUGCAUCCUCUUCCCCAGAAAGAGAUUCAGCAGAAUGGAUUUAAUUAAGCAUCUCUGUUAUCAUUAACAGAAAUCAAAAUUGUGUAUAUAAAAGAAAGUACAAAUGAAUCAUUAGUAUUUUUAAUGUCUGAGAAUUACAUUAUAUCAGACAUAUUAAAAAAAAGCCUUUUGCCAAUGCAUAUGAAACACAGUAUCUGGACAUUAAAUAUUUAUGUUUCAUCAGCACUUGUGCAUAAUGUUUUAUAAAUAAAACACAAUUUACACUUAUGCUUUACAUGAUCCUGAAACAUAAUUUGGAUUUAAUAGUAUUUCCUUUAUUUUCAUCUUUUUAGAUGCCCCCUAAAUUCAGGAGGGGACUAUGCACUUCAUUUUGUCAUCCCAAAUAAUUAUAUAGUUCCUUUAUUUUGAUAUUUUAAAUGUGCAGAAGCCGAUCGGCCACAUUUGCCUUUAGAGGAAGAGGUGCCAAAAUACUAGAUGUGGACUGCUUGAGACUGAUUUCUUCAGAAUCACAUUGGAUGUUGAGGAAAAUACAUGGCAGAAAAAGGGAGGGAAAAAGAUGCAGACAUAACAAAUUAAAAUGAGUGCCAAAAUGUCAUGCUUUGUAAAACAUGUGCCAUAUUUGUCAUAUAGUGAUUAUGGUGUUAAGUCCUGUUUGUACAGAGCUCCAUGUGUUUUAUACAUCUGAGCAAAUGUUGUAUUGGAUGUAAAAUGAUGCAAUGAGGGUAACUAACACACUAUAUAAAACAAAAUAAAGUCCAAUAAAAAAUGUUGUUUUUGUUCUUUUUUUU